AUGCAAAAGACUGCUUGCCUUUCAUGCCGUACAUCCAAGCUUCGUUGCUCGUUGGAUACGUUUGCCGAGCAUAACAAGUUCGCGCCCAGGCAAAGGCGGAAACGCACCGACACUCGCGUCACAGUUCUAGAGCAGCGUUUGGCGGAAUUACAGGCCGCAAUAGAUUCACAAAGAUUGAGACAGUACGACAAUGGUAUAGCACAGACCAGAUCCAGCAGAAUUGCGCAGUCGCAGCCGCUGCCACCUCAACCUGUCAAUGGUGCCUAUGCUAGCGAGGCGGCAGCACUAGUUGAAGACAGAAAGUGGUUGCCUCAAGAACAAGAAGGAAAACUGGUGGAAAAUUACCACUUGCAGUCGCCGUUGGAGACGCUGCUUGCCUCGGGAUUCCUGUCAAUAGGCACCGCCAUAGCUCUAUUCGACGACUUCGUCAACAAUGUUCUUCCUCAGCAUCCAAUCGUGGCUUUUUCCAGUCAAGAAACCUUUGGCUGGCUAAGAAGGCACCAGCCUACGUUACUUCUCGCCGCUAUCACUGCUGCAUGCAGGGCAUCCGAUCCAGGCCUGUUUCGAAAGCUUCAUUUCAAAUUACGAGGCGACCUAUCAGAACAAGUCAUGGUCCGCGGGAACAAGUCUGUUGAGCUGGUCCAGGCCAUCCUGGUGAUGGCCGAGUGGUACGAUACACCCGACGAUAUGAGACAGUUGAAUUUUUACACAUGGAUCCAGGUUGCUGGCCUAAUGGUGCGUGAGCUGGGCCUCUGGCCGUGGAGGGAGGAGAUUUUGCCCGUGGAGCAUACCGCCGCUGAAUGGCGAACGUCAUUCGCUGCCUACCUGACCAUGUCAAUCGCCGCCGUCAGCCUUCGUCGACCCAUGUCCAUAAUUUGGACUGAAAGCAUGCGGAAGUGUUUGGACGCCUUUGACAGGAACAGUGUGAAUGACAAUGACAAGCGAUUGGUUGCAUGGGUGCGGCUGCAAAUGAUAGCAGAAGGGGUUGAAACAUUGAGAAUCAAGGCAUCAUUGACGCCGCCUGGGGCUGAGGCUGCAAGUCCUGUCGAUCAGCAUACUGUAUCGUCACUAGAAAGCCACUUUGGCGGAUGGAGAGAUGCUGCUCAACCCGUGCUGAACGGCCCACUGCGGAUGCAUUUCUUCUACUGUCGCAUCAAGCUGUACGAGCUGGCCGUCACAUGCAAUCCAACACGGUCAGCACCACACACAGAGAAGCAGCCACCGGUCUUGGCAGCUGCUAGGGAUAUGGCCUACAUCCGAGCUAUUAUGUCUCUCAUACAGUCUAGCCAUUCAGCUCUGGAUACCCUGGUACUCUUUGACAUUGCAACGUAUCGUCGCUGUCCCACUGUCACAAGUAUCCGGGCUCUUUAUGCACUGCAAGAGAUUAUCACAGUAUGGAAGUCAGUAUACAAUCAGCGGGGGUGUCUGUCAGAGUUUGUGAACGAGGAGGUGUUGGCACUCAUGUUCUACGCCAGGCAGACUGAAGAGUUCUUCAAGCAGGCAACUGGGACAGAAGGUUUCGCCAUCCCCCAAAUGGCACUCAACGCGCUAGCCAAUGUCUUGCUCUCUCUCGGAGAUGUGAAAAACCACAAGAAACAGCACCAGGGGUCGCAGCCGGAACCUAUGGGCCAAGAAAAGCAACAGGGAGCAACCAAAGUGCCACGCCCGAUGAUCAAUGACCUGGAAGUAACCUUGAUUAUCGACCUGGGCAAUAUCCAGGCGCCAUCUGAGGAACAAGUCCAGGGUCAGGGACAAGAACAAGUCCAGGAGCGGGAUGAUGUGCGACCGGAUGCAACACUAGAGUGGCCGCCCAUGUCUGCUAGUGAUGGCUUCGACGUGACGCUUAGGGAUGUGCUUUUGGCCCCCGAACUAGAGGCCAUGACGGCUCCAGGCUCAGUGAUAGACCCGGGCUGGCUAUUUUCGGAGUAA